UCACUGCCUCACAUAAUGCUGCUGCUGCUGCUGCGGGUGGUGCAGAUGAUGGUGUCUCGGCCGUAUUGGUGGUGGUGGCGGCUGCGCCAGCACAAACACCAGAGGAGAGACAUCACCGCUCCCACACGCCAUGUGCUGCUGCUGCUGUUGCUGGAUGAUGGGCACAUCAGCCGUGGUGGACCGGUUGCUCAACGACCAUUCUCGUGGAGCGCUGCCCAGCAUCCCGCUAGUCACACCCCCAGGGCAGAUCGGUGGCACGGCAAACAAGCUCUGAAAGCCGACCGUCGGCUCCUCAUGCUGAUGCUGAUGCUGCUGUUGCCUGACGCGCCCCACACUCCGGAAGGGCCCGAUCAUGUCCUUGUCUCGCCUCUGCUGCCACCGAUACCCACUCGGUGUGGCAUCCUGGUCAGCACCAGAGCCAGAACCGGGGCUCAGCUGCGGCAGCAUGGCCGAUAUCGACGGGUGGUGGUGGCCGUCGUGGUGUGUGGGUGAGGGGAAGGCCUUGGUGGAGACGCGUGACUCGUCUGGCGAGAGGGAGGAAAGGGGCGAGCGGGAGGCUGACGGUGACAAAGGCAGGUCGCUCAGCACACCGCCGCGGCUCCGGACAAUCGGUAUGUCCUCUGAUAAGAGAGAGGGGCUGACGAUGGACGAACAUGACACACACACGUGUUUGUUUUGUGGAUGCACGGCUGUCGGUGAGAUACGCACCGCUGAUAGAGUCGGCCGCCUCUCUUUUUGGAGGUCUUUGAUCGUUUGCCAGGCGGGUGCCACUCGUGGCAGAACUGACAGCUGCGGCCGUUCUGGCACCCCUUGCCCCAAUAAAACACACACGGCUUGCAGGCCCCAACGUUGUGCAACAAACUCCCUGUCGCACAGAGACGCAAGAGACAUCAAUGCCAAUGCACACACUUACACAGAGCGCGAGGGACGAGCUCUCUCGACCUGGACACUUGAGUGGGUGUCCGGUGUCUCUGUGAUCCAUCUUGGAGAGGUCUUCAGCAACAUCCUCCAGCCACGUGGCCGUCCCAGGCACCACAUAGUGGGAGAACGGGACAUACCCAUCAUCACCACGGGGCAUCACCGGUAACGCUAUGCGGCUCCCUGAACAAGGAGACAUGAAGAGGCAUGCUCUGUGGAUGGCUGUUCAGGCAUCGUGCGUCCUCUUUCGUCAUCACCAGGUGAUCUGGGCAUCUGGGGGAUGAGCAACGGUGGCGGCCGGCGCACACGACGGAACCCCACCCCACUCAUGACCCUGCCCUCGUCACUCUCUCCGCCUUGCCCGUUGCCAUUCCCCUCUGUCUCGUCCCUCCCCCGCCCCUCCCCCUCCUCGAGCACCACCUCCAGCGGCCUCUUGACGUCCAGCACAGCCAUUCCCGGGUGCUCGCACCCCAGGUUAUCACUCCUGUGUCGUUUUAGGCCGAGCAGCUUCCACAACGGGUCCACCUGGUAGAAGAGCACGUGCAGCUGCCGGGCAAAGGCGUCAUAUGUCUGUAGGUGCACUGAUGACGGCCCCUCGGGCGGCUGGUAGGAGGAGUCGUUUCUCCGUGCGGGUCUCCGCUGCCAUGAGCGGUGUCGCACGUUGGCUGGGUCGGGGAAGGGCACUUGGGGGAUCUUGAGGGCCGGGAGGGAGAGGGACCGUCUUCGGGCUUCGGUUGGGACCGCCUCUCGUAUGUGAAUGAACGAGUGUUUGACACAGCCCCUCAGCCAUGUGGUCUCUGCGUCGAUCACACAGGCUUGCGUGUGGGAGAUCAU